AGUCAGAUCAGAUUCCUAGUCAUCACUCUCACCAAUGCCCGUGACCUAUGAUGGCUUGUAUUCAUGUUGUUGACUUGUUCGUUACAUUCUCAUUUUUGUGUCUCAUUUAUCACAUUUUCCAUAGUGCUUACAAUCAGAACGACUCACCGCAAGAAUUCAGAACCCAUGAUCGAGGAUAUAUCCUUCGAAGUCAGGUCACGCAUGCUCGUUUACUCCCGGCUCUCUCUGCCCAUUCAUUUACAUACUCCACUCUUUUUAUCUUCGUCUCACUCGCCGACCUUGAGUCUAAUAACCUCAAUUUACUCGGUGGAUGGCUAUUUCGAUAUGGAAGUAUCUGGCGUAACGUUGUCGGCCUCCGUGCCAGAAGGUAUCUUGAGGACAAGCAGAAGAACGUUUCGAUAAGAUCGAAGCUGGAAUAUACUCUCUCGGAACGUGGGUUCGAUGCAAGGGUGCUCGGUGACGUCUGGAUGAUGACGAUGCCUAGCAUCUUUGGCUUCGAGGGCUUGAACCCUUUGACCGUUUAUUAUGGAUACGACAAAUCUGAGGUCCUGAAGUUUAUUGUUCUAGAGGUUCAUAACACUUUUGGGGAGGGUCAUGUCUAUGUGCUCGAGGUGGGUAAAUGCGAGGACAACGACCGAGCGCAAGGUUACGAUCAUCAAUGGACUGUCCCCCGGAAUUUCUUCGUUUCUCCCUUCAAUGACCGUACAGGGUUUUACACAGUUGCUGUCAGAGCACCUUCAUUGCCUUUAUCCGACAACCUACGUCCGGCUGUGUCAAUCUACUUGUAUACUUCAGACCCUGAUAUCACUGACGCAACCGUCAUACACAAGCAGAAGACUCUUGGAGUUGGACCGUUAAAGCUCACUGCCCUCCUCUGCACGACAACCUCCUCGCCGCUUACAACGCAUAACCUUAUCUUGUGCCUCGCGGCAAAUUUUGUGGCACUCUUCAGCACUCUUCCUCGGAUCCUCUAUCAGGCUUUCAUCCUGCACUAUAGGAAAAGGCUCAACGUUUUCGCAAAACCAGUUCCAUAUCCGUCCAUUCGGCCAUCAAGCGGGGUCCACCAAUCGGGGGGGACCAUAUGGCAAAAAGAAAGCUUCAUUGAGAAGUACUUCCGGAAGCGUUUCUAUUCCUUUCUGCAGCGCCGAUGCCAGGAAGUCGAAAUCGUUGUCAACCUCCUCUCGGGGAACCCUUCCAUUCCAUUGAUCACUUUCUCACCUGGUUUAGAAGCUUCCAACCUCCGGACCCUGACUAUAUCCUAUACUUCCCCACAGUUCUUCAUCCAAACCUUCCUUGCUCCCUCCGCAAACUUCAUGCUAGCACUGGGCACCGCCGAAGGGCUGUUCACUCUGUCCGACGAAGAACUGUUCCUGGAAAUCUACAGCCCUCCAAGCCAGCCAAAUUAUCCCCUGUCCCGUUUGACUCAGCACAUGAGAACAACUGUUCUCCCUCGGGACUCGCGUGUCAACAUCCCUCAGCCUCAUCCCCUGACUGCUCCUUCAUCUCUAGCCGGUUUGUCUGACCUUCUCGCUAUAAGCACAGUGAUGAUGCUCGAUUACCUGGAAAUGCUAGUGUUUAGUGCUGCCAGAGUAAGGUUUGUGAAGGGAGACGAGCCGUGGUUAAGAGCACGUUGGGACAGAGCAUUGCUUCAAAUGGAUACUGAAGCCUGGAACUCGGUCAUCUGCGGUAGAGAUUGGGCCAGGAGGGGCGAGGUAACGAUCUGAAGUUUGUGUUCCAGUAGUGACUUGCACUUGGCAGGUCGCGUGAUAUCU